CGGCCGGUCGCCCGCCGCCAGGCUCCUCCGCUUCCCUUCCAGACCCGACGGCAGCGAUGCAGAGGGAGACGACCUCUAGCGAUGUUUCUUCCUCUUCUUCUUCUCCUUCGCAUGGAGGGCGUGUUAGGCAUCGGAGACGCCCUACUGAGGUUACGGCCGAUGGGAACAAAGCCAACGGACCGGCUUUGCUUGUCAGCGAUCAAAACAAGUAUAAGUCGAUGCUUAUCCGUACAUAUUCUACCAUGUGGAUGAUUGGAGGCUUCGCCUUCCUAGUUUAUAUGGGUCAUCUUUAUAUCUGGGCCAUGGUGGUUGUCAUUCAAAUAUUCAUGGCGAUGGAGCUUUUCAACCUACUCAGAAAAUCCAGUGAAGAGAAACAGUUGCCAGGGUUCCGGCUGCUGAACUGGCACUUCUUCUUCACGGCAAUGUUGUUUACAUAUGGGCGCUUUCUUAGUCGGGAGCUUGUUAACACGGUAUCUUCAGAUCACUUGCUGUUUAAGCUCGUCAGCGGCCUAAUAAAAUAUCAGAUGAUUAUUUGCUAUUCCCUUUAUAUUACAGGAUUUGUAUGGUUUAUUUUGACUUUGAAGAAAAAGGCAUACAAGUAUCAGUUCAAACAGUAUGCCUGGACGCACAUGAUCCUUUUAACUGUUUUUGCGCAAUCUUCUUUCACAGUGGCAAAUAUAUUUGAAGGAAUGUUCUGGUUUCUUCUUCCUGCUUCGCUCAUUGUGAUCAAUGAUAUUGCUGCCUAUUUAUUUGGGUUCUUUCUCGGGCGAACACCAUUGAUCAAGUUAUCUCCAAAGAAAACAUGGGAAGGUUUUAUUGGUGCAUCAGUGACAACUAUCAUCUCUGCUUUUCUGUUAGCAAAUGUAAUGGGUCGCUUCCAGUGGUUUACAUGCCCAAGAAAGGACCUGUCGACAGGGUGGCUUAGUUGUGAUCCGGGGCCUAUGUUUAAGCCAGAGCAUUAUUAUUUGGGAGAUUGGGUGCCACUGUGGUUUCCAUGGAAAGAAGUUUUCCUUUUGCCCGUGCAGUGGCAUGCUUUAGCCCUUGGUUUGUUUGCAUCGAUCAUUGCACCAUUUGGUGGAUUUUUCGCAAGUGGAUUCAAGAGGGCUUUUAAAAUAAAGGAUUUUGGAGACAGUAUACCUGGACAUGGUGGGAUUACUGACCGAAUGGAUUGUCAAAUGGUUAUGGCGGUUUUUGCAUACAUAUACCACCAGUCAUUCAUCUCGCCCCACAAUUUCUCCGUCGACGCAAUCUUGGAUCAGAUCAUAAGAAACCUGACCUACGAGGAGCAGAAGUCCUUGUACCAGCAACUCGGGGAGAUCUUCCAACAAGGCAACUCAUGCAAAGCUGAGAUACCGUGUUCUUGCUUAUGACAGCGACACAGUACAAUAGGCUGGCUGUGUAUGUGUAUUUAUUCGUGCGCUCAGUUCGCCAGUAUGAAUGUAGCUGUAGAUUCAUCAUCAUGUACAGCAUCAUAGACAUAGCUCCUCUGUACCCUUUGUGAUGGGGAGAUGGUGUUCUUGAUCCAAAACAUUUGUACAGAAUGGAUGGGAUGGAUUGUGUGGUUGAUGGGGGCUAAUUACCCCCUAUUCUCCCCCAGUUAUUGAUUUAUUUGUUAUCCUCUGACCUAAUACUCCUUAAAGUUAUCGGAGGUUGGAGGCCA